CAAAAACGAUGUCAACAUAUCGGUGACAGCGCAUUUUCUGAAGAGUACUUGAGGACCUGAGUUCGAAAGAGAAGCAACCGCAGUGAUACGAGGGCAAGUCAAUUAGUUGGUUUAGUUCUCGUCGAGGCAUAGAGUCUGUUUCUUUCUCUCUCGCGCGUGGCCCGAGUAAUCUGUGGCGCUGCCCAAUAAUUUAUAAUAGUAUCACCAUGUCGAACGCACACGGAAUGGACACAGACUGUAUGACUCUCACCCGCUUUCUCAUCAGUGAACAGCGAAAAUGCGAGCACGCAACGGGUGCAUUGACCAUUCUCCUGAACCAGCUGAUGACGGCGGUCAAGGCCAUUGCGUCUGCCGUCAAGAGAGCGGGCAUUGCAAAUUUAUAUGGCAUUGCAGGCACAGCCAAUACCAGUGGUGAUGAGCAAAAGAAGCUGGACGUGCUGGCCAACGACUUGUUUGUCAAUAUGCUGCGUUCGUCCGGCCAAGCGGCACUGCUUGUCAGCGAGGAGGACGAAGGUGUGAUUGAGGUGGAGGUAGCCAAUCAAGGAAAGUACAUUGUCACAUUUGAUCCCCUCGACGGAUCGUCAAACAUCGACUGUCUUGUGUCUAUUGGAUCUAUAUUUGGCAUCUAUGAAAAGAAAUCCGAAGGAGCUCCGUCGGACGCUGAUGCUCUGCGUCCGGGUCACGAACUCGUUGCCUCUGGAUACGCUCUGUACGGUGCUGGCUGCAUGGUCGUCUUGACAACCGGCUGUGGCGUGAAUGGCUUCACGCUGGAUCCCAAUCUCGGAGACUUUGUCCUAACCCACCCGACGAUGACCAUCAAGGAACGUGGCAAGAUCUAUUCCAUCAACGAAGGCUAUGCGCUGUACUGGGACGAAGGCAUGACCAAGUACAUCAAGUCACUCAAGUUCCCCGAGGACAGCAAGAAGGCACCAUACUCAGCACGUUACAUUGGUUCCAUGGUGGCCGACGUUCACCGUACCAUUCUCUAUGGCGGCAUCUUCCUCUACCCAUCCAACUCCAAGAGUCCCAAUGGCAAGUUGCGUCUACUGUAUGAAGGCAAUCCAAUGGCGUUCAUCGUCGAACAAGCUGGUGGAGCUGCAAGCACAGGCACUGGUCGAAUUCUUGACGUUGUCCCACAGAAGAUCCAUGAACGCGUACCCGUCAUCCUGGGAUCGAAACAAGACGUUGCAGACUGCCUCGCAGCUCUGGGCCAGUGAGCAUGCCGAGGCGUCUAUUACUCCGUUGUCCCUCUUAAAACUCCUGUAUAAACCGCUCACACUGAAUUAUAGGCAUUCCUGCCACUAGGCACAUGUUGGUCCGGAUACACGUUAUUUACAUAUCUUACGUAUUCGUUCAUAUCCUGCUUAACAUAUGGAAGCAUUCUGCUGUCUUUCCACCCAGGAGUUUUCCCUCCAGUUUUUAAAUUAGCCUUUUUUGUAAUUGUCGUGUCUGUCCUAUCAUGGGUGUACCAAAUAAGUCUCAUUCGUUUUAACAGUUCUUCGUAAUCUCUAUCUUGAUUUUAUUCCAAAUUAUAUACAAAACCAUUUCAAAGGACAA